GGAUUGCCUAAUCUAAUUAAGAAGGUUAUGUAUGUUUUGUUGAUUUAUGUUCAUGUUACUUCAAAAUAUUCCAUUUUACCAUUGAUUGGCAUUGAUUAGGGAUUGCAAUAGAAUUCUCUUAAAUAUUUAAAAUGUUUUUAAGACAUUUAUCAAUAAAAUUCCUAAGUCCCAUUAGCCGAAGGUUAUCAGACUCAGCAGUUGUUUUAGAAGCUAAAACUGGAACUUAUGCAAAUGCCUUUAAAAAGUUUGAAGAUUUAAACAAACCCACCUCCGAGGAGUCCGAACCGUUUGUCAGCUUGUUAAAAAACUCAAAAUUCAUAGAUCUAGGCGAUCCAGAAGGUAAAGUAGUAACAGGAAAAAUAUUUCACACAGUAGAUGAUGAUUUGUAUAUAGAUUUUGGUUGGAAGUUCCAUUGUGUUUGUCCUAGACCAAUCAAAAAUGCCAGUAACUAUGUGAGAGGGACUAAAGUUAGACUACGCAUUAAAGAAUUAGAGCUAUCAACCAAAUUUCUUGGAUUUGAAAAAGACCUCACCCUACUGGAAGCUGAUUGUCAGUUGUUAGGUUUAGUACAAGAAAGAAGCAAAUAAUUUAUUUAAUAAAUAAAUGUAAUUUAUUAUUUUACUUUAACUAUACAUUUCUCUUCACUUUCAGCUUUCAGUUCAGAAAAUCUUGCUGCAAAUUAAAUUAUGUUUUACAUUACAUGUAUGUCUAGAGGUAGGUUUUCAGUAUAAGUAUGACGUCACCACAGAUGCUCCCAUUUUCAAAAAUACGCAAUCUAUUCGAAAUCUCGAUUACUAUACAACUCGUAGGAUUUUUUUUACGAGUUCUACAAGAAAGUUCAAUAAAUUAUUUGUCUACGACUGGUAUUUAUCAAACGUUUGCAGCAGAUUUCGUAGAAAAUUUCAAAUUUGAAGGCUGGUAGCACAAAAAUAGGACAACUAUCGAAAUUUUCACUCAAACCUCUUUGUAGACAAUUUAAUCAUAUUGCAACACUUUUCUUGGUAUACAAAGUUUUAUUUAUUUCGCAAAAAAUUCACAACUUAUAUCGCCCAACCACACCCCCACCUUUUCAUCUUUCUUUUCUCCACCUUCGCCAUAUUGUCUAGAACAUCUCCACCAUUGUCAGCUACGUCAUAAUAUAUCGAAUAAGACAUAAUUCGUGGGUAGAGCACAUUCAAACCCCUGUUUAUUUUUAUCGGCUGUCAAAUGAGAGCAAAAGUACUGGCACUUGAUCAGCCCGCCCGCCAUUGACCUCGCCGGAGUUAUGUUUAGGCAAAGUUUAGGUGCCACGGCUGCCACGCCCAAAAACUGUUAUUUUGAAGUCUUCAGUAUAUUGUGGAUUUAGGUGGAAAAGUGACACAUCCUCGGCCAACGGUGUAAGUUGACGGGCGAAGCGCAGCCGAGGCCAGCAAACAUCAGAGGCCGAGAAUGUGCUUUUCCCCUGAAAUACACAUACUAUUUUUUCGGCGAUCGCUCAGUAAUGAGAAAAAUGGGGAAUGCUUCUGUGUUGUUCCUAUAAAUCAGCACACUGUCCCGGCCUAAGCCGAAAAAGUGAUUUCCGUACUGUUAUCCAUCGAUUCCUUAGCAGCUAUUGAAAAUACAGAAUAUUGAGUUAAAGCUAGUCCGUCCCUGGCAAACUAGAUUGGCCAAGUGUGUUUGAAAGGGUCCAUUUUAAGGGGUCUUAUCUAGUAUCCAUUAUAUUGAAAGAAAAAAAAAUUACACGAAGUAUUUUGAAAGUUAUCAACAAAAAACCGAUUUUCAGAGGCGUCCUUUAGGGGUUUGUAACUUUGUAGGGGGAGCCGUAGGAAUUUUUUUUUAUAGGAAGUUGUCAUGGUAUUUUUUUGCGUUCUAUCUAAAUUCGAGAGAUUGCCCACAUAUUCUGGGACACCCUGUAUAUUGAUAAUAGUGUCGACGCAUAACUCGAUCGGGGUAGGAAAAAUGCGAUCGUCUCCCAGACUAUAACGCGAUUUUCUCAGGAACUAUUUGCUACUAGUCCAAAUAAGCUGAAAUUUUAAAAUUAAAAAUAACGAUAGGAAACUUCAACCUUGUGUGAACUGAACACAUUUUUUGUUUUAUUGGAAAAUUUUCUAAAGGCUUUAUUCCCUCUGAUAGGGUAGCCAUGCAUAAAAAAACAUCGAAAUCUAAUGACUUGAAAUAAUAUCUUUAUUAUUCUACAGUAUUGCUUUGAGAAUACUGAGUGUUGGGUAAAUUAACAAUUUUUUUUUUGAGAAUACAUUUUAAAAUAUACCAACAAUAUUAUCUAACUGUACAGGAGGUUCCUCAAAAAAAAAAAGAUAUAACAAGGUAUCAGAAAAUAAAAUAAAAUAUUUAUAAAUAAACCUAUGUAACAACAAAAAAAUUCCUCUUUCUCUCUCUUAUCCCUAUAAUGAAUUUUUUGUAAAUUUUGUAAAUUUAAUUCGCUGAGGCUGAGAUUAGUUUCAUCGUAACUGGGACCAAAUAGAACAAAAUGGCACAACAAAUUUAAUUUGUAAUAAUAGGUAAGUAAUCUUCUUUCAUCCAUCACAGACUGUAGCAGUGAUAAAAAGUUAAUUAUUUAUAAAUAUUUGUGCUGACAUCAGAUUCAAGAUUAUUAUUUUGAGUUUCAUAAUUUCGUUUAUUAAAACCUAAACACUAACUAAAAAUAUUUACAAUUGUUUCUAUAAUAGCAUUUUUUUAUAAACUGAUGAAAUGCUAAUAAAAAUAAAAAUCUACUAGAAAAGAAAAAUACUGAUUUUAAAAUCAUCUAUAAUUGACUGUGUAACGAUGGGAAAAUCUCGUUUUGCGUUUUUGCAUCAUGCACUGGCCCCCAUUAAAAAAAAACAGUGUCCAAUGUGGAAUGUCUACAAAUGCGUGACAAUUAUUUCAUCGUCGAUGUCGUCCUUUUCAUCAUCUGUCGUUUCUGGUUCUUGUUCGAUAGCUGCUUGUCUCUGUGCCGCCAAUUCUGCAGCUCUCUUUUCUUUUUCUUUUUGCCUUCUAAUUUUGCGCAUGUGAUGGAUUUCAACAAUAUAUUAUUAUUUACCUAUUACCAAGCAGGCUAAUUGUACGUAGAGCUUCAUGCGAGCGCAAAGCUGAGUCGAAUAGGCGUAAGCCACAACAAAACCAACCGAUUCCCAUAAACGGUAGUUGGAAAAAGCUGCUUCUUUAUUUCUUCUAAAGAGGGCACCGUACAAACCUAUGAAAAACAAACGUAUUUAGCAGAGAUUCGAAUAACUAGAAACAAAUUAUUGUCACCGUUAACUUGGGUUUGCCAUACAGCAUCGCCAAUUCCCCACAACCCAGAGGCCAUGAAGAACAAAAUUGGACUUUCUGGAUGAGGUCUCCACAGCAGCAAAAAUAUUUGGACGCCAAAGUGCACCGAGACGCCGAGAAUCAUGAUCGGUACUCUUCCGACGUAUUUCAUGACGCUGCCGAAGAGCAAACUGCAGAUGGCGUUUACCACACCAAAACAGAUCAUUACGAAACCGACAUUUUGUACAC